GCUCGCGGCGGCGCGGGUUCGCGCGCGACAUUCUAACCCCGCGGCCCGACCGCGCCACGUCCGACGGAUUGUCACGACACCCUAUGCACGAGUUCAGGACUCAGUAUUAACAUAGCAGUGCAGUGCGAACGGUAUUGUCCCAUGUAGAGGAUUCAGUGGUGUGUUGGUCGUGUGAUGUGGGGAGUGCGAUGGUGCUAGCGACCAUGUCUCGGCGCCCACUACUGCUCCUCACCCUGUUGGCGGCCGCGCUCGCCAACCAGUUAGAAGAUAUACCCCACAAUGAAGUCAAGAAUUGGGCGUUAAAAUUCGGCGUUGACUUGUGGGAAUUCGGGCGACAUUUCACGAAAAUGAACCAGAUACAGAACAAAUAUCACGAAUAUAACGUCGAGGUCGUUCGGAAGGAUGGCCUCCUUCUAGUACGGGACCUUGCUAACGAAGUCAAGAACCAUAUGGACUUCAAAAUUAAUGCCGUCAUGCGAAUCAUGGAUUCCGCGGAAGCAGCAGCCCUAUCCGGGGGCGGGGGUUCCGACGGCACCCCCGGCACGUACUACGAUGCGCGCUGGCUGAACGUGCACGCUGAUGACGGCACGCUGGCUGCGCGGGCGCGCCGCUUGCUGCUAGCUCCCAGUCGGCAUUUCGACCACAUCGCUGUUAACACCAGCUAUAGUGCUGUGCUUAUGCCGCCGUAUAUUAGCACUGAAGAUGGCGAGGUGCAGAGUCAAAUAGCGUGGUCAGAACAUUUGGAUCCACUAUUCGUCAAUAAUUAUGAAAUCGAUCCGACACUGUCGUGGCAGUAUUACGCGUCGUCUACGGGUUUCAUGAGAAGAUAUCCCGCAAUGUCGUGGCCACCAGAAGACGGUUAUUCCCACCACGCACGUGAUUUCUAUGACUUUCGAUCAUCAAAUUGGUUUGUCGAAGCUGCUACGUCACCGAAAGAUCUAGUGAUCCUUUUAGAUGACUCAGACGACCUAGGUUCUUCCUAUCGGAGGUUAGCCAGAGCGACCGUGUCAGCACUUUUGGACACUCUCGGACCAAACGACUUUGUCAACAUCUACAGAUAUAGUGACACAGUGUCGGAACUGCAUCAGUGUUAUACGAAGAUGCUGGCUCAGGCUAUUCCCGAGACGCUACGAGAGUUAAAGAGCGCCGUAUGGAACACCGCGCCAACUGGCGGCGCAGCGAACUUGACGGCCGCAUUGACUACUGCUUUCGAAAUUCUUCAUAGGUAUAACAGGACGGGACAGGGUUGCCAGUGCAACCAAGCGAUCGCAGUGGUGGGCGCGGGGGGAGGCGCUGGCGGGGUGAAGGGGGUGUUCCGAACUUGGAACUGGCCACACAUGCCCGUCAGGAUCUUCACGUACCGCGUGGGUGGAGACGCGACAUCGGGGAGUACUAUGAAAGACAUGGCCUGCACUAAUAAGGGUUUCCACGUGACAAUAAACGACCACGGAGAAGUGCGGUCGAAAGUAUUGCAUUUUGUGGAAGUAUUGGCCAGACCUCUGGUCAUGUACCAGACUGUGCAUCCAGUGCAUUGGAGCCCAGUUUACGUUGGAGGAAGGAGUAGCAGCUUGGAUGACGACGGAAUGGGUCAGUUAAUGACUUCAGUAACCGUACCGAUAUUCGACAGGAGAAAUCAUACGCAAAGAGAAGCGAAUCUUCUCGGAAUUGUUGGUACGGACGUUCCUGUCGAUCAAAUAAAGAAGCUCGUCCCACCUUAUAAGCUUGGCGUAAACGGCUAUUCUUUUAUGGUGGAUAACAACGGGCAUGUUUUGUAUCACCCAGAUUUAAGGCCGCUGCAUACUAACGAGGAGUACACGGAGACACUGCGGCCUCUAUACUCAAGUGUGGACUUAACUGACGUAGAGUUGCUCGUUGACUCGGACGAAAACUCCCGGGUCAAUCUCACGUCGCUUCUUCUAGAUCUUCGCCAUGAUAUGAUAGAACAACGUGAGGGUGAAACAGAAAUUGGUGUGAAAGUCCAAUACGACGGCAUGCGUCGCGUAGCAACCAGGAGGCAGAGAUACUUCUACAGCCCAGUUGAAGGCACUCCUUACUCUUUGGCCGCCGUACUCCCUGAUGGUUAUGGCAUGUAUGAGUUGCAAGCGGAGCAGGAGAUCAAACAUAGUCCUAUCAAUAUAACGGAAUACUUUAAGGGCGAAAACUGGAAAGUGCACCCAGAAUGGGUGUACUGCGAAUACGCAUCCACAUCCGACCAAACGUUUAACUCCCCGGAGGAACAGUUGCUCCACUUCCUAACCCGGACAGGCCGCCCCGGAUGGAAAUGGAUGUCCCUUCGUCCUAGGGCGCUCACUCUGCACAACGCACAUAAGAAACAAGAGAGGGACUCUUAUUAUUGUGACAAAACUUUAGUUCAAUCCUUAGUUAGGGACGCAAUGGUAAUCAAAGAGUUAGACACGCAUACCGGACACGCUAGCCAUCACUCACACCCAAUAGCGACAUUAAUGGCACUUCUAACAAGGCAAGGCCGCUUCCACAAGUUCGUGGUCACGAUGUCGUUCAUAGCAACCCGCAGUGGCCUGCUCAAGUGGACUGAGAACAUAAAUACAACACGAUCCACCGAAUCGAUUGAUCCGCACUUUAGCGAAAAGUACGCCCGAGCGUUCGACUCAGAAUGGUACAGGCGCGCUGUGGAACAUCACUCCAUAGAACCAGAGAGUUUCGUGUUCUCGGUACCAUUUCGCGACGGGUCUGAGGGAGAAGACCUAAGCGCGAAGCCUCCGCUGGUGUUGGCCACACACGCGGUGUUCGUGGAGUCGAGGGGACACCGUGCGCCAGCUGCGGUUGUUGGCUUACACUUCCAGUUGGACUCGCUCGCUAAACACUUCUUGAACGUUACCUCUACGUGCACCGCUGGAAGCGUUUGCAAGAAGACAUGUGCCGGUGACGAGCUUGACUGCUACAUAUUGGAUGACAACGGCUUCAUUAUACUAUCUGAAGACGUGUCUCAGACUGGAAGAUUUUUCGGUCAAGUAGAUGGCACUAUAAUGGAUUCGUUGGUUCAAGAUAAAAUAUACAAGAAGGUGACAGUACACGACCAUCAAGGACGAUGUCCGGACUCUAGGAAUCAAUACAAUGCUGAUGCGAAUAAGAUAACUCCAAUGAAACCUUUGUCAUGGCUUGGGGGAUAUUUAACACGGCUUCUCGCCAUGUGGUAUCCCUUGUGGCAAUCUUCCUACGCUCAUCCCUACACUGAAGACGAACCUGAAUACGAAGACUACGAAGGGGAGGAAGACGGCGAGCGCGACCGUGGAAUGUACGAGAUCAUUAUCGACGGUGUCGGUGACGUGAGCCACGAGCCGAGCGCGCCGCCGCCGCACGCGCCGCGCGAGCCGCCCCGCGAGGCCGUGCGCUCGGCUGCCGUGCGCCCGUGCGACACCAGCGCCGAGCUGUUCACGUUACAGUCCACACGGCUUAAUGCUGCGCAACCGCUGAAGGGAAAGCUUACGAAUUGCCAUAAUUCUGGGUGUGAGAGACCGUUCAGCGUGCAAAAGAUACCGCACAGCAACCUAAUCCUGCUAGUGGUGGACACGCUGUGCCCGUGCGGCGCCAAGCGGUUGGACGUGCGCGCGCGGGAGGCGCCGCCGCGCGCCGCGUGCCGCCGGCCCCCGCGCGCCACGCACCGCCGCAGACCCCGCACUUGCGUGUCCUACCACCCCGAGGAGAUCGAGAUCCAGUCGUGCGGAGGCGCGGGCGGGCUGCGGUCGCUGCCGGCGCUGGCGGCGCUGGCGCCGGCGCUGCUGGCGCGGCUCGCCACGUGACUGCACUAGCCGCCCGCUCCCGACCGCACUAGCUUUCCAUAUACCAUAUCGAAUUUCAUAUCAACCCUAUAGUCUUAUCUGGAUCGUUAUUUUCCGAACGGAAAGCUUUGCGCGUCGAUAUAAUAUUGUGUUCGAAUCGCGUGAUGUGAUGUAUGAACUGUUUCGCUCGAUCGGGCGAUGUAGCCUUCGCGAGCGUCGAAUUUGUAUCCGCUCGGACGAGUGCCGCCGUUGGGUCUACGAAAUGUUUAAGAGUUUUGAUCAAUUUUAUCGACUGAAGUUUUGGUCCGACCAAGUGAACUUUUGAUCUUGUUUUGAGACAGGAUUGUUUAUUUGUAUUAGGAUAAGAUACGGUUUAAAGAUUUUCCCUCUCUGUUCGGUUCACUCAUAAUGUAACUACGAUGCAUUCGCGUAAAUAAAUAGGUAGAUAACGAAUAUCUUGUUAAAUUCGAUUAAAGGUAUUACUUGGAGAUCUUAUAAAUUAUAAAUAAUGUUAAUAGGUGAUAAAUGAUUUAACCUGAAGUACUAACUGUUUUAGAAAAAUUUACCUAUGUUAAAUUUAUCCUUCAUAUCAGUCAUCCAAACUUAUUAAAAAAUAUACAGAAAUUUAUUAAAAACUCCAUUUUGUUUAUAGAGAUUUAUUUUGUGUGCCUAAGUAAUCUAAAUUGUUGCUGUAAGUGACAUCGCAUUAUUAUCGAUCAAUAAAUUUAAUAUAUAUGUGUAAUGAUAAUCGAUAUUGUUCAUUAGGCAUUUAUUAAUCGUCGAUAAGUGUACUAAAUUCAUGAACUUUAUAUAUUACGGUACUCGAUGUCCUUGCAGUAAGAUUCAUAAGUAGUUGCUAGGAAUUUUCACGCCUAAUCUUUGAAUAAUUAAAUAAUUGAGACCGUUAGUAAUCUCAUAUUUUAUUGUAAAUAUUUACUAUUUUGAUGGCCUAUGAAAAACGAGUGUCGCUGAUUUGAAUCUAUGGCAUUUAAUUACCCGAGAGCAAUUAUAGAAUGUAUCCAUCGCCCGAUGUUACGGGUGUUACGAAAAGCAUAACAGUAGACUGCAUAUUGUCAUUACUGUAAACCGUUUACGAUUUUGCCAUAGUAAUACGGUAAACAAUAAAAUAUUUCUCAUGUAUCAAGUAUGAAACGAUUUCCUUCUUGUCAGCUACGUAUGGUAUAUUUAUGAAUGUACUAUAAUACUGUUAAAAUAUUUAUUAUAAAUGUGGUCCUUUAAAGGGUGCGAAUAUAUUAGUAUUAAUUGCUCUUUACACUAUGUCGUGAAACGAUAUAUUUUUUUAUUUUAUACAAUUAUUUAUCCUCGAUUUCAUGGAUUACAAAGAAGAAGUGAAUUAUUUCAUUUACUUAUAUUCUAACAGAUGUAUAGUAAAAUUAAAAUUAUUUAUAUUUAAAUCAAUAAAAUCUUUUCCGUUAAAUGAGUUUAAACAGGUCCUAAUAAAUCACUCUUAAAUAUAGGAAUUUUACAUAUUUAUCGAUAACUACGUCAUCGGGCUUGCUCUUGUCCGUUUUUCUUAUAAUUAAUAAUAAAUGUAAAUGACCGCAAAGCUCUGAAAUAGUACAAAAUAAAUAGUAUUUCUCGCAUUGUGUGCCAAAACGCAGCAGUUUGUAUUUUGUAUGUUUGGUGUGACCCGUACGAGAUCACGUCAUGGGACAAAAGCAAGCUCCUAUUGUAAUGGGACUGAUUAUUGCUACCAACAAGGGAUAGGAUGAGGAAAAUGUAAGGUUAUUUGAGAGACUGGUGGAAGUUAUUUGUAAGCAUCUCCAUAAACUGAUGCGGAAUCGAUUCUUGUUACUUAAUGAUUUUCGUUGAUGUAUUGUGAGUUUUCUUCAAAUGUCGUAAACUUUGGGAAAGCUCUUCCACAUCUUUCCAUCAAAACAUGUAUCACAGUUAUAAAACCAGUAUACUAUAAUCGUUUUGCAAGGCGGCAUUAAGCCGUAAAAUAAUGUUAAGUACAUUAAUAUUCUAAAAUAAUAUCAGUGGUUCCAUGGUCGUUUGUAAUCAAACUGUUGUAUCCGUACGUAUUUACAGAGUUGUUGAAGAAUGCUUUUGAAAUAUUGUACAUUUUGUAUAAACUAUACAGUAAGGAGUCGAUAUAAUGAUGUAAUCGUUUCUACCGGUGAGUGUUGAACGACUAACGUAUUGAAAGUGCUUCUUGUAAGCGUCGAGUCUUCCAUAGCAGUCGUGAGGCGUAUUUACUCUUAACUAAGUAUUAAAAUGAUAAUAAUAGUGUAUACUUUAUAGAAUAGGUGGCGCUCGCGUCGCGUGCAUACUUCGAAUUGCACAUCGCGGGUUUUAGUUAAUAUAGACACAAAGGAUAUACCUCGUUUAGUUACGCAAAUAAUAGCUAGACAGUUAGUGUUCUUUUCGCGUUUAUUUCGUGGACAUAUCAAAUCAGGCACCAAAUGAUACUAUAGCGUAAGCAGUUUUUUGUAUUUUUUCGAUGGUGAUCUUGUAUAACGCGAUUUUAAGAAGGCCUCGAUCAAUAUAGAAUAAUUUCAAAAUCAAUACCCGCCAUAGUAGCUUUAUAUAUCGUCAUAGUGUAAGUAGAGAAAUUAACAAAUGAUAGAGUAAAACUCAUUUAUUUAGCCGCCAGUUAUUUUGCGAAGAGAAGUUGAACGAGGUCUUCUUAAAAUAUUUUACUAAGGUUUGUAAUCGCAUAAGUUUUAUGUAAGAAGGUAAUUGUACGCCAUUCACUUAACAGUGUUACACUUUUCUAAACGUAUCCGUUUGUUUUAUCCCCUUUAACUAUAACUAUAAUCAUGCCCUCGUUAACGCUUCUAGAAUUUAGAUAAUAUUCGAAAUUUAUAAGUAAAUUGGAAAUUUGUGAGUCGAGUUUUGAUGUCGCUGUGUCAAUGUUUAUUUUUCUCAUAUUAGUUGAUGGUAAGUGAUAGAGUUGUUGUAUAUUUGGGCACGGCCGACUGUGAACAUGGUUCUCUAGUGUAAUUCUAGUCAAAUAUUGUUCUUUUUGUUACUUGCCAGUUCAUGCUAUAGAUAAACCGUAAUUACAA